AUGCAGAAGUUCUGCGACUUCCUGCGCUUCUCGGUCCAGCAACGGCCGCCCUGCCAGGAGGCGCCUCCGCCUCAUUUGGUGUGGGGCUACUAUGACCCACGGCGGCGGUACAACAGGGACCAGAUCGGGCUGGAGUUCGACUUUACUGGUCGUGGAUCUACAUGGGCUUCUCCAGAGGAGCGACGGCUUGGACAUGUGGCAGUCCGCACAGGUCCAGCUGUGUGGGCCAAGCGGUUUGUGACCAUCGACCUCACCCUGUCCGCGGACCUGUCCCAGGAGCAGCCGCCGGCUAUUGUGCUGUUUCGUGGACAAGGUCGCGUGAGUGACGUGGAGCGCAACUCGUACCAUCCUGACGUCAGAAUCAUAUGGACGCCCAAGGCUUACUUGAAUCAGCAGGCCAAUGAGGAGUGGUGCAAGAUCUGGUCUGAGUUCAAGGAGUCGGUGCAUGGAUCUGAGCCAGUCUUGCUGACCUUGGACUUGGUGUACGCGCAGACAGUCCACUCCUUCAAGAGCACCAUGGAGCAGUGCGCCACCUACCCCAUGCACGGGCCGUGCAAUGCCACACACGUGUGGCAGGCCAUCGACAGGCACAUAGGAAAGACCUUCAAAGACCUGUACAUGGAGGAACAGAUGGACUGGCUGGGCGACCCGGACCACUUCGAGGGCUACCACAAGUUGACGGCGUCGGAGAGACGGGUUUUGGUGACACACUGGAUUGGAGACGCUCGUGCGCGGUACUUGGCCACCAAGGUCAAGCAGCACACAAACUGCUGCAGGGCAAGUGGCUUGCUACUUGGUCUGGACGGCAGUGGCCACCCCAGCGUGGAGUCAAACCCUCUUUUCGUUUUGCAAGAAUACCGUGAGUGGGAAGGCCUUCGGGAGGCUUUGGAUGGAUCCUGGAAACAACCUGCCGCAGCUGAGCCAGCGCCAGGAAGCCCGAGCUCAACCUCCUCUUCGUCCUCACCCACUUCUGAUGAUUCGUCGGAAAGCGAGGACUCCUUGCCACCCCAGCAAGACGGAGCAGAUGAUGAAGCAGCUCAAGCUGACGAGGUAGGACCUGCUGCAGCCUCAGCAGGAAUCCCAGAAGCCGGCCCUGCCGAAGCAGGAGAGGAUGGCUCCGACGACUGGAUGCACUCUUACUGCUCGGUUUCAGACUUGGUGGACAUGCUGAAGGUUGCCCAGAAGCGCCAGAAGGAGAGGUCAGGGCUUCGCAUGUUGACGAGCUUUGCCAAAGAAGGAACUCCUCUCUCGCACCCGGCGAGGCUGAAAGGCUCUGGUGUCCGAUUGUCAACGGUGGCGCAGGCUGCCCAGGAGUUGGGCUUGGAGAUGCCAGGCUGA